UACACACACACAACGCACACCACUUCAUAUAUUAAUUAAGCUAAAUUGCUCCACAUCACCCCUUCUCCCUCUCUUUUCUCUCCUUCUUUCGCCGAAAAACAGUUCAGUACGUAUACAUGGAGGCACAAAUGAUAUUACAGUCUCAAAGAGGCAGCGCUACUAAUCUUCAUUCCUUCACUAGUUUGCGUUCGAUAACCAACCAAAAGACGAGUACGCGACGAUGUUCUUCGAUGAAAAUAAAAUCAGUACUGAAAAGACCAAGUGCUGCUACUACUGCAAGUAGCAUCAGUGUAAUACCAGACACCAUUAUUAGCAGCACAUCAUCGAGUAGUACAGUUUAUACUGAUAGCUGGUUCGAUCGUAUUGCCAUUCACUACCUAUCUCGAUGUAUCCAACUUAUUUCAGGGAUGAAGAAUGAGAGGACUGGUUAUGAAGGUUUGGUAGAGGCAGCAGCAGCACUUCAUCGAAGUUCCAAUGGAAAUAUAGAUCAUCAGCAAGGAUUGGUUCUUCAAGCUCUUAAUAAAGCCUUCCCUAAACCCAUCCAUUCUUUCGUGCGAAACUCUAUACCACAAUCGCAGUUUAAAAGAGAAUUUUUUGCAAAGUUCACAACCUUAUUUUGUGUUUGGCUUGUUGGACGCAGUGAGAUCAAGGAGUCUGAAGUGGAAGGAAGAAAAGAGAAGAAUGUAGUACACAUCAAGAAAUGCAGGUUUUUGGAAGAGAGCAAAUGUGUAGGGAUGUGCGUAAACCUAUGUAAGAUGCCAUCGCAGAAGUUCAUUAAGGACUCUUUAGGAAUGCCAGUUAACAUGGUUCCAAAUUUUGAGGAUAUGAGCUGCGAAAUGAUCUUCGGACAAGAACCUCCGGCACAAGCAAAUGAUCCAGCAUUUAAACAACCAUGCUACAAGUUCUUAUGCAAAUCAAAACAAAAGAACACUUCAGGAUGUUCAACCUUGUAAACAGAAGCUGAGAACUCCAAACGUAUAGAUAGAUAAUCAGAUGAUUAGUUGGUUCAAGCUUAGCGGCGACAUUAAUGUACAUAUGUACUGGUGCCACAGUUUCAUUAUGCCCCACAGACUACUUUUGAAAUGUGUAUAUAUGUAUGUGAUGUGGUGGUGUCAAUUCCAUGAAGAAGAGCCUUCAAGUAAAUUAUAAUCACCCAAUUAAUCAACUUUUUUAAUGA